AUGAAAAUCCAAAGCCUACGGGUACAGGACACCAACAAGUUUGGCUGCUCUGCCAAGGUUGUUGUAAGGGAAAUCAUGAACUAUCCAGAUUUUAAGGACAAGCCAUGUUGGAAGAAGAUAAGCUGUGGAGGGACAGAGUCCAUAGCAGAGAAGCGUGCAAUACACCUCAUAGCUGAGGAAACCAAUCUUGAUGUGACUGGUGACAUGAUAGAUGAGGUGAUAAGAGAACAGUACCACAUGUACCGCAUGUUAAGAAACAUUACAGACACCAUGCUCAUAUCUGAGGCAGAGGUAAUAGGUAAUGUCAUUCUCAUGCUGAUAUCUGAGGCAGAGUAUGGUGCCACUGGGAAGCAGAACCCACAUGAGCCUGGUGACCGGGCAUACAACAUGAUCACCAAGGGUUACUUCAGUAUCAAGGAGAACAGAAACAGCCACAGAGAUGAUAUAUGGGGGCAUUCCCAGUAUGCAAUAAAUAAAGUGAAGAAACGGAAGAUCACAAGGAAGGCUGGAGGGGAGGAAAUGGUGGAGGAAGUGCAGGAGCCGGAGGAUGAGGAAGAAGAAGACAUAGACGCACCAGAUUUAACACUAAUAGAUUUCAACACAGUAUCACGAGUACAAUACCGUAGUUUGGAGCCUGCAAUCAUAGACCCGGUGGAGGUUGUCAAGGAAAAGGAUGCCUUCAGACGCUACAUGCACAGAGAACUGAAAUAUUGGAGGAACAUGGAAGUCACAGUACAUGAAUUGUUUUUUAACAAGAAGACAAGAGGACUUAGUCUAGUCCGUCCAUCACCAAACCACUGCUUUAUAGCUGCUUGUACAUAUCAUGGAGACCUGAUGGUGUACGACGUGUCCGUAGAGCCGUGGCGACCGUUCAGAGUUGUCACGUACGAUGACAAAAAAGACGUGCCUAUAACUGACCUGACCUGGAGUUUGGAUAGCACUAGGAUCAUCACUAUCAACAAUUUGGGCAGACUGCAGGUUCUCUCAUUGCUGAACGGCCCAGUGAGUUUUGCUGCUGGUCAGAAACUGGAGCUGCCUGCAGAUGUCAACGGCAUCUACCCCAACCAGUUAGAGGUGCUUAUGACCCUGGACACUAAGAGGGGGGACUUCCACUUUCAGCAGGGGCCGCUAGCAGAAGAAGGUGCCCAAGAAGAGGAAGUGCUGGUCCCACAGAGGGCGCUGUUCUUUCCUUCAUUGUCAUUUCUUGGCUCACAGAAUGACAUAAUGGUAAGCCUAGACAACGGGGACCUGCUGAAGUGUAACAUCCAGGAUGCCAUCAAGAACAUUAACCCUGAACAGACAGACAAUGUCAAUGACACCCCUAGAAUUUACCGGCCACUACUGACUAGAGUGGAUGAAGCAACAGAUAUCAAUACUAUAGGCAACAAUGUGGAAGGCGAGUUGCUACGGCAACACAAGAAGGGAAUCAUCUACAUGUGCUUUGUGGAGAACCUCAACGCCUUGGUAACAGUAGACCAGAAAGGCUUCCUGUAUAAGUGGAAGUACAACAGUAAAUACAAGUCCUCGUUUCGUUCAUUUAUCCCAUCACGGAAAUACAAACUGGAGACGUCCAAGGUUAUGUACAAGGAAUCAGAUUCAGAUAAACCCAAGGUGAUUUUCACUGAUCAGCCCCAGCCAGGGAAGAAACCAAGGACCAGACAGGAGCUGGCAGCAGAGAGACAGAAAUAUCAGAACACUUUAGAUAACAUGCAGCUGGGAGACCCUUGGUAUGAGGAAAUAAACGAUCAAGAGGAAAUGAUUAUCCAGAUAUUCACACCACGUGGAGUGAUAGCUGAGACAGGCGCCAUGUUCCAUAUCGUGUACCGCCAUUCAGAGACACAACAGCUUUCUGCCUACUAUACCAAACUGUACAAACCUGUCAAGGUGCGCUGUUCACGUAUUGUUCGAGUGGUAGGUUCUCCCACCAGUACAGAGCUGAUUGUCAUCUUGUUGUUCAAUGCAUACCCACCUCAAGGCCCAAAUUUCACAGUGUUCAUUGUGGAUCUGAGAGAGAUGACACUGCGUGACUUCAGGAAAGAGCUGCCAGUGUCCGUUCAGGAGUACAACACCAUGAUGACAAAGACCAUCAUAUCAUGUGAUGUGACUCGAGUGUUGGGAACUUCAGGCUCUGACUAUAUAUUCAUCGUGUUCAACAAUCGCAUUCGCUGUAUAUCACUAUUUUCGGGGCAGACUGUUGUCAGGAAAGGUCCAUUACCAAGUGCUGAUGAUGAGCAGGAGGAGAAAGAGGAAGACACUGAUCGCUUCAACGGCUGUAUUAUUGAUGAGACCCUUCUAGAUCUGCCCCUAUCCACUGACUGUACAGUGGUCAGCUUUGAAGGCCGAAUACACCUGGUCCUGUUGCAAGGGUAA